AUGUUUUACUUCGCUCGGUAUCGGUUGUUAGCAGGAAGGAGGGCUAUGAGAAUGGAACGUGUCUUUAGAGAUAGAACAAAUCCGCUUGAUCUGUACGAUGAUUUGGAAUUAGUAGAGAGAUUUCGUUUUGAUAGGCAAACUAUUCUGCAGAUUGCUGAUUUGUUACAAGAAGAUUUAGAGAGUUCAACACUUCGUAACCAUGCAAUACCUCCAGUCAUGAAGGUUUUGAUUGCACUUAGAUUUUAUGCUAGUGGGUCCUUUCAAAACAUUAUUGCUGAUACCUUCAAUAUUGACCAUUCAACCGUUUCUAGAACGAUUCACUCAGUUUCUAAUGCAUUAGUCAGAAGAGCCCCUAAAUUCAUUAAAUUUCCAAGUGGUCAUGUAAUAGAGGAGAAUAAAGUUAAAUUUUACGCAGAUGCUAAUUUUCCCAAUGUUUUAGGACUGAUUGACGGCACACACGUUAGGAUUAUUGCUCCUUCACAGCAUGAAGAGCAAUUUGUUAAUGGGAAAGGUUACCACUCAAUUAAUGUCCAAGUCAUAGUUAAUGCAGACUCGCAGUUCAUAAGCAUUGUAGCGAAACGGUCUGGGAGUUCCCAUGACUCUAGAGUUUUGAAAGAGAGUAGAGUAUUUAUGCAACUCGAACAAUCCAAUUAUGACGGUUAUUUACUUGGUGACAGUGGAUAUCCGUGCAAAACAUUUUUGUUGACGCCAUAUCUUCAUCCACAAACCAGACAAGAAAUUCGCUUCAACAGAUCACAUAAAGUGACAAGAUGUGCUGUAGAACGAACAAUAGGUCAAUGGAAGAGACGCUUUCAUAGUCUGCAUAGUGAGAUAAGGCUUUCUCCAGUAAUUACAUGCAAAGUUAUCAUUUCGUGUGGAGUGCUGCAUAACAUAGCCAAGAAAAACAACAUACCCCUUAAUGAAGAUGAUUUGGAUGAUGAUCUGGAUGAUGACAUGGAAGAAGUUGAAAAUGGAAUGGCUGGAAAUGGUUUCCAUAUCAGGAAAAGUGUUACUGAGCUGCAUUUUUGA